AUGCAUCAUCAUCAUCAUCCCUUUCUCGAUGCUGGGUUAGGUGCUUUCGCUGGCUAUGAAAUCGGACGUCAUACCGGUUUUGGUAGUCCACUUAUUGAUGCAGGAUUAGGUGCUUUCGCGGGCUAUGAACUCGGAAAUUAUAUGAAUAAUGGUGGCUUCGGUGGUGGCUUCGGCGGUGCUCCAUUUGGCGGAGGAUUUGGUGGUGGUGGUUUUGGAAAUUCAUAUGGAUAUGGUGGUGGAUAUUAUUAA